ACUUGGCACAUUUUCGACAUGGCCGGCCCGCUCGAGUUGAGUGCUGCGUGGACGUCGCGAGGAGACUCGCGCAUCGUUGGCGCACACCCAUGUGCCGGACCAAUGCCUGGGCAUAUCCUGGUCACGACGUCAGAUCAAGUUGUCCUGCUCAACACGUCCAAAUCCACGUUCCAAGGGACCGCCGCGGUCGUGCACAGUUGGGAGUAUCGUGCGGGCAGUGCACAGGCGUUGUCAGUUGUCGCUGUACAACAUCCUACCAAGCACGAUUUAUUCUACGGGGUGCGAGGCAAAGGUAAGAUGGAUUUCGUUUCGUGGUCGUUGGCUACGGAACGCAUCGGCGAUGUCCCUGCCCGCUCGCUGUCAUUCGAAGUCCAUGCUCUUCUCGUGAACAGCAAGCUUGAUGGAUGCGUCGCCGUCAGCACGUCUGGCGCUGUGUCCGUUGUGACGGAUUCCUCCAUUGCACCUUUGCUUCCCGCCUCGACGGGAUCGAAGGUGAUGUUUGCACUUCUCUCGAACGACAGCUCCCACCAACUCCACCUCACCCUCGUGCUCAAGUCCGACGGGUCCAAGUACACUGUGAUGUCUUUCACACUGGCGCAGGAUCAUGGCGACAUCUCAGCUGUGUCCAUCGCGUCGACUUGGCCCCAGCACAUCGUGAACCCGCCAACUUCGUCGGCCUCGUUGGUUUCCGCUCUCGCCGAUGACUCGCACAAGCUGUCGCUCUUCUGGUCGACGGGCGAAUGGCAGGUGCUGGCAUUGCUGGGCGCCACGACUGAACUGAAACAUGUCACCAAGCUGGCCAUUGCUGCUCCAUCGACUGCUUCCGUGACAACGGUGACAUCGGAUGAAGGCAGCAAGAAGAAGCGAAAGGUCACGGCAGCAUCGUCCUCUCCAUCUGGCGAUGCCACGUACUUCGUCGCGGCUAUCUCAGCCAAGUCGAUUGUAGUCGCGUCGUCCGUGUCUCUGUCCGUGUGGAAUAGCCAGUAUGUUGUCGAGAUGUCGGCAUUUGCGGUGUCCAGUCCCGCGGCAUCGUCUUCGCUCGUGGCGCUCGUUGUGUUGCCGCAAACGUCCCAUAUUGCGUAUGUGUUGGACCGAUCUAUUCAAGUUGCGGUCGUCCCGUCGGCCCCCGCGACGCUCGCCUCCGUGCUCGGCAAAGGCGCGACGCACCAGCAACCCGCGCUCGUCUUGUCCAACUUUGAAGCGGCGAAUCCCGCUGAAGUGGCCGCCAUCAUGACCUCGUUGGACUUGACCAACUGGCAGUCCAAGCUGCUCGGGGAAAACGCCACCCAGUUGGACGUGCUGCACAAACUGACGACGCCCACCGCGACGCCAACCCGCGAAGCGUUCCAGAAAGUCUUUUAUGGGUAUGUGUUCUUCAAGGCAAAGCGAAAGCUGCGAGUGGGGGUGCUAUCGCCUCAGUUUGUCGUUCAGGCUGCGACUCGCAUCGUGGCAUCGCCGAAGCUUGCGCUGUGGGCCGAGUUGUCGCUGCUCCUGUCGACCAAGCACUUGUGCAGCCGAUCGAUCCCGUCCCUUGUGCCUACCAUGAUGUCCCUCAAGCAGUUUGCCAUCCUGGAAGAGUGCUUGCUGCACUUGUCGGACGUGGACGAAGUGCUGGCCAUUCGAAUAUGCAAAUUUAUCCUGCGCGAAGCGUCGCCGGCGUCCGUGGCGGCGUUCCAGGCGCAGCACGGGAAGGGCACGACCACGGGCGUCACGACCCCAAGCCAAUUUGUCGAGCACUUUUUGAGCCUCGUUGUGGCAUUGCCAAAGGCUGACGUGUUUUUGCAAAAUGCCAUGCAGGCAUUCACUGUGCCCGAAGUGCUCGCGCUGUUGGCAUGUUUGAAGAAGUGGUAUCGCCAGCGCGCCGCCCCCGAAUCGCUCCAUCACAUUGUCGAGUGGAUGGGGCUCCUCCUCGACGUCCACUACACGGCGCUCGUUGUCGAGAGCGACACGUCUCCGUACAUCGUGACCGUGCUCCAGGACCUCCAGAAACUCUUGCUCACCCACGUCGACGCGUGCCACCACAUGGCCGACGUGCACGGCGAACUCGAUCAGUUCUUGACCAGCGCCCACUUGCCCCAAACCGCCGCUUCCUUGCCAGACUAUGCCGUCGACGUCCUCCUCCUUUAACCCUAAGCAGUACAUUACCCAUCCCCCAGCGUGCAACUGACGUCUUCUCGCCAUGUCGUCACCUCGGAAUGCGUCCCCACACCGUCGACGAAGUCCGGGG